GCAAAAACAUGUUUCUUUGUGCUGUUUCUGUCUACCUUUUCGGUAGUUUUGUACCCAGACAUUGUUAAAUCGAACAAACGGAACAAUUUUAUUUGUUUUGUUGAAGUUUUAAAUUGUUGUUAUUAUUUAAAAAAUGGGAGUUCACGGACUGUGGAGGCUGCUGGAGAGCACAGGGAAACCCAUCAAUCCUGAGACCCUGGAAGGAAAGAUUCUUGCUGUUGACAUCAGCAUAUGGCUGAACCAGGCAGUGAAGGGAGUGAGGGACCGUGAUGGCAACAGUGUCCAGAACGCCCACCUCCUCACUCUAUUCCACCGCAUCUGUAAGCUGCUUUUCUUCCGAAUCAGGCCCGUCUUUGUGUUUGAUGGAGAUGCUCCUCUGCUGAAAAAGCAGACCCUGGCUCUGAGGAGGCAGAGGAAGGAGGAGUUGACCCGCGAGUCCAAACAAACCAAUGAGAAACUCCUAAAGACAUUUUUGAAGAGACAAGCAAUCAAAGCUGCACUUGGAGAUAAAAGUAAGGAUCCUUUGCCCAGCCUGUCCAGCGUCAGGAGGAAUGAGGUGGACGACAUGUACGUCCUGCCAGCACUUCCACCAGCAGAGGACAAGGAAAGAAGCAGCUCAGAGGAAGAGGAAGAAAAAGAAGGAAACGAGGAGAUGGUUGACAGCUGUCACAUGUAUCAGGAGGAAAUGUAUGAAGACCCCAACUCUGUGGACAUCAACUCAGAGGAGUUCACCAGCCUGCCUGCUGAGAUGAAACACGAAAUCCUCAAAGAUAUGAAAGAGUUCUGUAAAAGACGCCGAACCAUGAUUCACAAACCUCCAGAGCGUUCAGGAGACUUUUCUCAGUACCAGCUGGCCGGCCUGCUGCAGAGGAACCAGCUGAACCAGCGUCUGGAGGGCGUCGAACGAGAGAUGAGCCAGCGUAGCGCCGGCAGCGCACCGCAGCUCUGCCACGAGGACGGAGAUGAACAGAGUCACAGCGUGGAGUCAAACCGCCUGGUUUCAGAGGACAACUCGCACUACAUUCUUAUUAAAGGCUCCAAAAAGACAAAAGAUGCCUCAGAGAGCCAGCCUGCAGCUUCACCCUGGGCUGGGAGCUCCCUGUCCAGCUGCAGGAGCGCAGCAGACAAACCCAAACCUUUGUGGCGACCCGUCGGUGAAGAAGAGGAGGAAGUACGAGCUUCUUCCUCAAAGGACUCUGGGACCUCUGAGUCAAAACCAUCUCAGGGAGACGAUUGCCCGCCUUCGCCUCGGACCCUUGAGGCCAUCCAGGCUGCUCUGAACGACUGCUCCGAUGAGGAGGAGGGAGACCAGGAGAACAAGGAUGGGAGAGUGUCUCCACGUACGCUCCUGGCAAUCCAGCAAGCUUUAACCGAGGAGGACAACGGAACAAGCGUCUUACCUGCCAAACCGAAGACAAGUCUUCAUCGUCCCAUAGUCAUCAGCAGCUCAGACGAAGAGACGCAACCGUCACCCGAAGAAACGUCGGACUUCAAAACAAACGCCGCAGCCCAGAGCCCGCAUAUGGAAGACAGUGUCCUCGAUAGCAGUUCAGAAGAGGAAAUGGAGGAAGUGAUUGAACAAAGAAAUAAAGCGCUCCGACUGGCUGCACUCCAACAAACAGAGACGGGGUCAGACGAGGAACAAACAGGAGAAACAGAGGAACUUGAGGAACUAAGGAAGACAGAAUUUGAACCACCGGGGGAUGAGUCCAAUCAGAACACACUAACUAUCAGUCCUCCGUCAAAACCUGAGAGCACAGGAGCCGACACUCAUCCUGGAAACUCAGAGGAGAAGGAGAAUAUUGGAGGUCAGGAGGAGACGAAUGGAGAUGAGGUGAAGUCAGAGAAUGGAGAGGACAGCGCCUCUGAAGAGAGUUUUAUCGAGGUCUCAGACGAAGAAAAUAAAGAGCAGCGUGGAGAAGAUGCUUCAGAUAAGAGCGGAGAAAAGAGAUUUUCAGAAGGAGCCGACGAAGAUGGGUUGAUAAAAAAUGAGUCGGAUACAAAAUCAACCGAGGUUCUCGAGAAUCCGGAGGAAGAGGACAAGUCAGAGGCUCAGACUCAGGAGGAACCAGAACCAGAACCUAAAACAACAAGAGUCAGUGAAUGGGAACACAUUAGCAUG